UCUUGGUGGGCGUAAUUUUUGCGUGUUGAAGGCAGGAACCUCAGCCAACAUCUGCGAAACAUUUACUUUCGGAAGGAUACCACUCUACCGCGUAGUAACAUAAGUGAACACCAGCGUCACCCAGGAAAAUAUUUUCUUCGUGUCUCAAACGUUCAACGCAUGUUGCAGGUCAGACAUGGCUGCUCAGUGUGUAACCAAGGUGGAGCUUACUGUGUCCUGUGAGAAUCUCCUGGACCGAGACAUCGGCUCAAAGUCUGACCCUCUGUGUGUCCUUCUAAUGAGCAGCUCUGAUUCCCAGUGGUAUGAGGUGGGGCGCACAGAGAAAGUCCAGAAUUGUCUCAGCCCAAAGUUUGCAAAAAAGUUUGUUGUCGACUACUAUUUUGAAAUAGUGCAGAAACUGAAGUUUGGGGUUUAUGACAUCGACAACAAAACUAUUGACCUGAGUGACGACGAUUUCCUGGGGCAACUGGAGUGCACCCUGGGCCAGGUUGUGUCUAGUAAAAAACUGACCCGACCACUCGUCUUGAAGAACAAGACCCCUGCUGGAAAAGGGACCAUCACAAUCAGUGCAGAAGAAAUAAAAGAUAACAGGGUGGUGAACUUUGAGGCUGAAGCAAGAAAACUAGAUAACAAGGAUUUCUUCGGGAAGUCCGACCCUUACCUGGAAUUCUACAAGCAGACAGAAACUGGGUGGCAGCUGGCUCACAGGACAGAGGUGGUGAAGAACAACCUGAAUCCAACAUGGAAACCCUUUCGAAUCCCCCUGCAGUCUCUCUGUGGAGGAGACCUGGAUAAACCUAUAAAAGUCGAGUGUUAUGACUAUGACAACGAUGGCUCUCACGAUCUUAUUGGAACCUUUGAGACCACAAUGACACGCCUCAAAGAAGCAUCUCGAACAUCUCCGGCUGAGUUUGAAUGUAUCAACAGUAAAAAGAAACAGAAGAAGAAAGGCUACAAGAACUCUGGUGUUGUGAGUGUGAAGCUAUGCCAGGUGGUGAGGGAGUAUACCUUCCUGGAUUAUAUCAUGGGAGGCUGUCAAAUCAACUUCACUGUGGCUAUAGACUUCACAGGCUCCAACGGGGAUCCCAAGUCUCCUCAGUCUCUGCAUUACAUUAGUCCUCAGGGCGUUAACGAAUACCUCUCUGCUAUCUGGUCCGUAGGCAAUGUCAUCCAGGACUAUGACACUGACAAGAUGUUUCCCUCCUUUGGCUUUGGAGCACAAAUACCUCCGACAUGGCAGGUUUCCCACGAGUUUCCUCUCAAUUUCAACCCAUCAAAUCCAUUUUGUGCAGGCAUUGAAGGUGUGGUGGAGGCCUACAGGAAGUGCCUGCCACAGGUCAAACUCUACGGUCCCACCAACUUCUCCCCUAUCAUCAACCAUGUAGCCUGCUUUGCAAAGCAAGCCCUUCAGCAGACCACUGCAUCACAAUACUUUGUUCUCCUCAUCAUCACUGACGGGGUGAUCACAGACAUGGAUGAGACGCGCAGUGCCAUCGUCAACGCCUCUCGCCUGCCCAUGUCUAUCAUCAUUGUUGGAGUAGGAGGUGCAGACUUCAGUGCCAUGGAGUUCCUGGAUGGAGACGAUGGAAGUCUGCGCUCUCAGACUGGCGAGGCUGCCCUGCGAGACAUAGUCCAGUUUGUGCCAUUCAGGCAGUUCCAAAAUGCUCCUCGGGAAGCACUCGCAAAGAGUGUGUUGGCAGAAGUACCAGGUCAGCUGGUGGACUUUUUUAAUACCAUGAAGCUGAGUCCACCCAACCCCAGUCCUGCACCAAACCCUUCAGGGACCAUCUGAUGCUACAGGGAAGAAACCAGACACAGACCAGUUUCAUCUCCUGCAGCGACAAAGCAGAUCCCAGCUUCAUCUCAUUAUGCAAUUAGACAAAUGUCCUUCCUACACUUUCCUAACUUGAGCCUUUUAUUCACUGCAUGCAGUUUAGCCAAAGACAGCUGCCCCAACCACAAUACAUCGUAAGCAAUCAGCUUCAUCAACCAACCUGCGUCUUCUGUUAAGUGUAAAAAUAGACCUAGUUAGCUAUCAUUUUGAAAGAGUGAUGGGCAUUAUUGAAAUAAUUAAUUUAGUUUUUUUUUUUUUUUUACUAGAGCCCGACCGAUAUGGGAUUUUUAAGACCAAUCUUGAUAUUUUAGGAUUUUAAAAUCCGAUAUGCUGAUAUAUCAGCCGAAACGCAUACAAAGCUUAUCCCUAACAUAGCCAAUAUUUUUUGUCAGGCAGUAGGCUAGUUAUUACCUUCAAUCUGCCACAAUGACUAUUUUUAAUGUAGCAUAAUCACAUCUAGUUUAUCCCUUUACCAGCUCUCUUUUCAUUCUAUACAAAGCUACGAGAAUUUUUCUACCUCCAUUGAUGACACAGUCACCCAGAGUAAACUAUACUGCUGAAUGCAUCUAAUGCUACAUGACUGUCUAUGAGGACUCGCAGUGUUGAGGUUUCACAUUUGAAAGAGGAGGCAGAUAACUUUGUCUGUCAGGAAGCCGUGGUAGAUACUAGUUGAGCUCACAUUUAUUUACAUGUCCCCUCUGGUUGAAUCAUAUCUGAUGCAACGACUGUAACUACAGACGAGUGGUCCCUGGUAGACCUGUUGUUAACACGGGAGUUGCAGAGGGCCCUCUGGUGGGCAAACUGUGCAACACUCUUAACGUGAGUGAAGGAUCUGACUCUUUUUUUGUUUGUUUGUUUUUUUUAAAGUCAUAAAUCGGCUGUUAGAAACACAGAUAACGAUUUUAUCUGCAAUUAGCUCAUAUCAGCGAAUAAUAUCUGCAUACCGAUAAAUCGGUCGGGCUCUAAAUAUAACAGAUAAGACAAACAGUGCAAAGAUUUAAAAGCAUUCAUUGUUUCUGUGGUACUCACUAAAACAUGACAUCUUACAUUUGAAACUGACUUACUAACUUUUUUGUAAUGUAUCGUAAUAAGUGUUACUUUUUUUUUGCCUGUUUGAUGGUUCCUGCAUCAAACAUUACAAUAGUUAUGAAAAUGCAUUUACACGGGGUAGCUCACCUGGUACAGCAUGUUCCAUGUAUCAGGGAGUCCAUAGCCUUUUGCUGCUUGUCUCCUCUCUCUCUCCCAUGACUUUCCUGUCCCUCUCUCUAUAAAAUAAUAUUAUGUUUACAUCUACAGAAAAAUAGCUGCACCACUACUAGUACCAUAACGUACAUAUGGCCAAGUAGCUCUAGUUGAAGCUGUUUUGAAACUCUAUAUUUACAUUAAUGUUUCACAUACUUUCCUGUGCACUCACCUAUAAUAAUGUACUACAAAGACCAAGGUUUAGUUAUUUUACCAAAUGAAAUGCCAAACUCUGUGUGGGUAGUAAACCCUUGUAAUCCAGAGCUAUAUGUACCUUAAAGUAUGAAUCUGAAAUAUUGUGAUAACUAGAAAGUAGUCUCACUGUAGGUUUUGUUGUAUUGUCUGAGUCUCAUGACAUAUUGUAUGUUUGUAAAUUUACUGUGGUCUACCAUCUUGCCAGUUACUUUUGAUUACUUUGCCUUCCACAUAUAAAGUAGAGUAGCAGACACCAUAGUUCCCUGGACAGGGACACAGACAAAGAAGUGUUUUUCCAGUGAUCUGGCUAUUGACUUUUGAUUUAGUCUGACAGUAUAAAAACUAGAUACAGUAGCAUUUAUUAAAAUCUAUGCAUGUUUACUGCAAGUGUGUCUGUUUUGAUUUUCAAUUGUUCUUAUAUGGUCGUAUAAUGAAGUCUAUAAAACAUGUAUCUGAUGUAUACCAAUGUGUACCAGUUUCAGUGCUCUAACGGAAAUGGGUAAUGUGCAGACAUUGUAUCAAGCUUACUAAUAAAGUGCCUCUAAUUAAUACAAACUGAA